CGAAUCCGCAAUAAAUUCACUCGAAGGGCUCCUCGCUCUCUCCUCCAAACUUCAGCCCCCAACAUGUGGAGGGAGCGCGCGAAGACGAAGGCGGCGGCGCUGCUGGCGGCAAAACGAUGGCGACGUCAGCCUCCGAAAACCCUAAUCACAACGCCGGUGGAGAUCAGAACUCUCUCAUCGUUCACCGCCUCUUCUCGAAACUUCCCGGGGACGCCAGCUUUCUCAUCGCGUCGCCUCUCUCUCAAACCCUUCUCUUCUAUCAACCUCGACAGCCAUCGAGAAAGAGAAGGAAUUGCGGAAACUGAAGAGGAGGAAGAGGAGAGCGGCGAUUGGGAAGAGGAGGAAGAGGCUGAUGAGCCCGAGAUUGGAGAUGGAGGAGAUGGAGGCGGAAUUGUGCUGAGAGAUGUGCCAUGGGGUGAAAGGGUACUUUCUGUUGCUCGUGAGGUUGUGCUUCAAUUGGGUGAUGAUAUUGAUUUGCACGCAUUUAAGGUUUCGCCAAAAGGGUACAUUUACUUGCGAUUAGACAAGCUCACUCACAAAUAUGGGUGCCCUAGCAUGGACGAAAUUGAAAGCUUCAGCCGUGCUUACAAGAGAAGACUGGAUGAGAUCGGAGAGCUCGGAGAGAUACCCGAUGAUUUGGGUCUACAGGUUUCAUCUCCGGGAGCAGAGCGGCUACUGAGAACACCUGAUGAUCUUGAUCGCUUUAAAGAUAUGCCAAUGUUGGUUUCAUACGUCGAAGACAAAACGGACACCAAUAACCAAAACCACACCGAAAAGGUUUUAGUCCUCGACUCAGUUGACACGGAGUCGCAACAAUGUACUUGGAAGCUCGCGAAUGUAAGAGAAAACAGAGACGCUCAGAAUAAAGGAAGACCAUUGAGCAGGAAACAGAAAGACUGGAGACUGACACUCUCCUUUGAGUCCAUAAAGAGAGUAAACUUGUACUUAGAUUCCAAAGCAAAGUAACCAAAUUACAUGUACCUCACCUCACAACACCACUCUUAUUACGGCUAAUCGCAGAUAAUUGCAGA